CUGGGCUUCCCUCGGCAGCCGGGGGGUCGGGGUCGGCGGCGCGAUGAGUUGCUUUGAGGGCCAGAUGGCCGAGUAUCCAACCAUCUCCAUAGACCGCUUCGACCGGGAGAACCUGAGGGCCCGCGCCUACUUCCUGUCCCACUGCCACAAGGAUCAUAUGAAAGGGUUAAGAGCCCCAACACUGAAAAGAAGAUUGGAAUGCAGCUUGAAGGUUUAUCUGUACUGCUCGCCUGUUACCAAGGAAUUGUUGUUAACUAGCCCAAAAUACAGAUUUUGGGAGAAACGAAUUAUAUCAAUUGAAGUUGAAACUCCUACGCAAAUAUCAUUAGUUGAUGAAGCAUCAGGCGAGAAGGAAGAGAUUGUUGUGACUCUCUUACCAGCUGCUCACUGCCCUGGAUCAGUUAUGUUUUUAUUUCAGGGCAAUAAUGGAACUGUCUUGUACACAGGAGACUUCAGAUUGGCAAAAGGAGAAGCUGCCAGAAUGGAACUUCUGCACUCUGGGGGCAGAGUAAAAGACAUCCAAACUGUGUACCUAGAUACUACUUUCUGUGAUCCAAGAUUUUAUCAAAUUCCAAGUCGGGAGGAAUGUUUAAAUGGAAUUUUAGAGCUGGUUCGCAGUUGGAUCACUCGGAGUCCAUACCACGUUGUGUGGCUGAACUGCAAAGCAGCCUACGGCUACGAAUAUUUGUUCACUAACCUUAGUGAAGAAUUGGGAGUCCAGAUUCACGUGGAUAAGCUGGAUAUGUUUAGAAACAUGCCGGACAUUCUUCACCAUCUCACGACAGACCGCAACACCCAGAUCCAUGCGUGUCGGCAUCCAAAGGCAGAGGACUAUUUUCAUUGGAAUAAAUUACCAUGUGGAAUUACUUCCAGAAAUAGAAUUCCCAUUCACACAAUCAGCAUUAAGCCAUCUACCAUGUGGUUUGGAGAAAGAACCAGAAAAACAAAUGUCAUUGUAAGGACGGGUGAGAGUUCCUACAGAGCUUGUUUUUCUUUUCACUCCUCCUAUAGUGAGAUUAAAGAUUUCUUGAGCUACAUUUGUCCUGUGAAUGCAUAUCCAAAUGUUGUUCCAUUAGGUACAACAAUGGAUAAAGUUACAGAAAUCUUGAAGCCCUUAUGCCGAUCUUUCCAAAGUACUGAACCAGAGUACAAACCACUUGGGCAACUGAAGAGGAAGAGAGCUAGACCAGUCCACCUUGACUCAGAGGAGGAAGAUGGUGAUCUCUUUGAUGAUCCUCUCCCAGUGCCUUUGAGGCCCAAGAUUCCGUAUCAGCAAACUCUUCACUUUGAAGCACUGUCAAGGACUGCAGUAUUAGAAAACCAGUGUGAAAAACUGAGAGAACACACAGGCAACUGCCAAGAGGGGGGCAUGCAAAGCUCGCUUUGGGAAAACUUUGUAGACUGUGAAGAAUCCAACAGUGAAAGUGAAGAAGAAUUAGAAAUCCCAGCUCCACUGCAAGGAGAACUGGACUCAGUAACACUUCACCAGCGAAAGGAAGAAGAGGAUGUGCCACAGUGGGAAGUAUUCUUUAAAAGGAGUGAUGAAAUCCUGGACGAGGGUCCGGAGCCAGUCCCUUCCUCCACAGAAGGAGGGGGAUCUCAGUCACCAAAGCUUUUCAGUGACUCCGACGGAGAUUCAACCCAUAUCUCCUCACAGAACUCUUCUCAGUCAACACACAUCACAGAACAAGGAAGUCAAGGCUGGGACAGCCAAUCUGACACUGUUUUAUUAUCUUCCCAAGAAAGAAACAAUGGAGACAGUACUUCUUUGAACCAAGGUGGCUGCAGACUAAAAAUCACAGAGAAUAUUCCUGCCUCUCAGCUGGAACAAAGUGCACUUUGCCCAAAGGACACCUACUCUGAUUUGAAAACCAGAGAUCAAGGUGUAACUGUAGUUCCUAGGAUUGGAGAACCUGGCACUGUAAGUGAUGGAAAACACACGCCUGAGGAAGCAAGGUUAUUAAAUCUUAGCACGAACACAGAUUCACAGAGCUCUUCUGACUUUGAAAUCCCCUCAACUCCAGAAGCUGAACUUCCGAAGCGAGAGCAUUUGCAACAUUUAUAUGAGAAGCUGGCCACAGGUGAGAGAAUAAUAUUAAAAGAAGAAAAUGCUCACUUGCGGAUAUUUAAGAAUAAAGACACUUGGUCCUAGAGCAACCA